UGCAUGUUACGGCCACUUGAAGUAGGCUUGUAUCAUGGGGUUCAAAAUAAUCCCUUCAAUUUCUUGUCAACGUUCGUCAUGUACGUGUUGUCGCUAACUGUGUUCUGUGUCUUCGUUGUUCUGGGGAGUACCAGAGAACAAUUAUAUCAUACCGAAUGUUGUGAGAACAUACGUGGUCUUCGAGAGUGCAAGCGAGAAUGUGAAAAGGUAUGGACAGAGCGAAAAUCAGGAAAAAAAUUGGAGCUCACUGAGCUAACACUCAGUUUACCUAAAGUCUGUCCAUCACAUCUGGUUUCAUUAUGGAAGUGUUUAAAUCAAUCGAUUAAAGGCCUUCACCUCUAUUCUCAUUCAAACUUACUGAAAGGAGAAGGUAAAAGUUGCUGCCUACUUGGAAUUGAAUCAUCUUGCAGAAAAGCCUGUUUCCUAAGUGCAAGCAGGGAAGAACUUAAGAAAUCAUGCAAAGCUGAGAGUGAGGAUUCAUUGCUACGUUGUAUUGAAAGAAGUGAUGCAAGUAGUAAAUGCUGCCAGACAAGAUACAGAAGAUGUGAAAGAGCAUGUCAAAUUGUUUUUGCAUCAAAUAAAGAGCCCAGUAAGAAAAAGCUUAGAAAUGUGAAAAGGAAUUGCAAAAGAGAAAACAAAAAUGUUUACCAAUGUGUCAGCAGAGUCAAAUUACCUAAAGAGAGAGACCAUAAGUGUUGUAGAAUCACUGAAAAUAAGAAAUGUCGAGCUGUUUGCAGAGAGGUUAUGGCCACAAACACAUGGGAAGAAAAAACAUCGAAGCUGAGAGAAACAUGCUCUAAGGAUUCAACUAAUUACUUAGCUAUGUUCACUUGUUUUCUAAAUCAUGCUAAGUCUAUGAAGAAUACUGGUGGUGGAUCUCAAAGAGAUGUAAGAGUGGAUGUGAGGCUCCAUUGCUGCUUGAGUGCACAGACAGAGGAAUGUUUUAAGUUGUGUUUGAGGACCUAUGCAGAAGAUAGUGAAACUGGUGAUCUCUUCAAAAAACGUUGUGAAUUUAACCCACAAGAGUCCACAAUGUUUACUUGCAUUGCUGAUGUUUCCCAACCAUGCCACAUUGGUUGCAGUGGUCUUGGUUUUUGUAAACACUUCAAUCACAGGCAUACAGAAUUAUUCCGCAGCUGCACUAAGGAAAAAGACAAUGCAGCUAAAUCAGACUAUGAAAAUUGGUUGAAAAAGAAGAGAGUUGAAAUUCAUUCAUUGGAUGUUGUCCCUGUUAAAGAUAUUGCAACAUGUUUGCCAGAAAUGUGGAAAGCUGUAGCAUGUACACUACAAAUUCGACCUUGCCAUGCUAAAUCUCAUGGUUCCACAAUAUGCAGGAAAGAUUGCUUGAAACUUCUGGGUGAAUGUGCAGAAAAAGAAAAACUUGGUGUGAAAACCGUGGAAAAGAUCUGUGAUGGGUUAUCACCUGAUGAUCAAUCAUCAUGUAUUUCCAUGGAGAGUUACCUGAAGCCCAGUUCUUAUCAGAAUGAAACAACUGAAGUGACGCACCCGUGUUAUCCUAACCCAUGUCCCAGCAACGAUGUUUGUGACGUCAAUCGAGCAUCUCCCGAGAAUGCCGCAAAAGAUUUUGUUUCCUAUAAAUGUACACCAGGUUGUCCUAUAGAUCAUCAGUCUAAAACUGUUAUAAAAAAUGGACAUUUUGCUCGGUUACCCAUUGUACAAAACUCCAAAUUGGAAGGAUGCUUCAAAAUUUGUCGUUGUGAAAAUGGUAAAUUAUCCGUUUGUCCAAGAUUACCAAGUUGUGUCAAAAGAAACUCUUGCUAUUAUAAAGCAACCAACAAAACAUAUGAACAUCAAGAAAAGUUCUUGAUAAAUUGCAAUUUUUGCGUUUGCUUUGAUGGUAAAGUCCUCUGUUCCAGGACCAAGUGUCUGCCAGGGGCUGCUAAUGCAACAGAACGAUUACGUAGAAACCACGUGCCUAACCAUGAUAAAUAUAUCGGUGAUCUUUCCUGCCAAUGUGUUGGCAAGUAUGAACCAGUCUGUGGCGCGAAUGGGAAAACCUACCGCAGCGUUUGCUUCGCCCGGUGUGCAGGCCUCAGCAUAAAACAAGUUGUAAAAGGACAAUGCUCGUCGAUAAAUCCAUGUCACUCAUCUCCUUGUCCUGAAAAUAAACUAUGUGUUGUUGACAGAAAAGUUUGUGUUGGCAGCAUUUCCAGUUGCCCGCAGUUUUCAUGCGUGGAAAGUCCCAUGAAUUGCACGAAUUCUUCAAGUCAACUUCUUUGUGAUACUAAGAACAAACAGCAUUUGAGUCAAUGUGAGGUGCAAAAGAAUGAAAAAGAAGUUGCUUAUAGUGGUAAAUGCAAGCCUUCUUGUGGACCUGGUAAAAAAGUAGUCUGUGGUGUAGAUGGUCAAACGUAUGGCAGUAUGUGUGCGUUAAAUUAUGCCCAUAUGUUGCUGGAUUAUGAAGGCCCUUGUAAGACUGUUGGAAAAUACGGAAAUGAAGAUCCAACAGUUAGAUGUGCUUAUAUAACAUGCCCUCAGUUAAAUCCACCAAAUUGUGAUGGUGUUACGCCGCCAGGUGCUUGCUGUGAAGUCUGUGCCACGCAAUUGACGGUUCUUUUUGAUGAAACGGAAGUUUCUAAUACGAAUAAAAUUGUUAUGGAUAAUCAAGCAAUCACGCAAGAGCAAGUUGUGGCUAGGGUGCGAAGACAUAUAUCAAUGAGCCAAUGUGAUGUUUUUGGUUUCUACAAUACAGAAAAUGACUUCAUUCUUCUCGUGAGGGCGAUAACUGAAAAACCAACCACGCUUCAGUUCCUUAUCUGUAUUAAAGAAGCUCAAAAAAUUGAAACUUUGAUAAAUACGCAAAGUGCGAUAUUUACAUCCGACGAGAUUUUGUCGUCAUUUCGUGCAGUUUCAUUGAGCACUCCAAAACUUUCGCAAGUCGAGGUCAAAGGAGAAGCUGUGUGUUCGUCGCAUUCAAGUUUACCUCUGUUAUUCAUUUGUACGCUACUAACAAUAACAUUGUCCUGGACGAGGUAACCACUGUGGUAAAUGAUUGCAUUGGUACACCGGAGGCCACUGUUGCCGUUAUGAAGAACUGAACAGCUUGCCUGUUUAUUUAACUAGAUUUUUACAGCGACCGUUGGCCAAAACUCUUUAGUAAGAGGAAUAUACAGUGGGAUCCACUGAUGUUUUUGUCCCCAUUUGCAAUGCGAAUAGUUGUCGGCCAUUAGUCUAAUUAACACUUCCAGCCAUUAAACACGUUGAACUACCUUGUUCGACAUUACUUGUUUAAUCUAGCUAUUCGAUUGCAUAAAGUUGCGGGGGGGAGGGGAUUUCAGUGAGCAGCCCACUGUAUAUUCCCUAUUUUGUCGCCAUAUUUUCUUGGCUACAUCGUAAGUAGUACUCUGUCCUGGCCAUUGGCCGUUAAAAUGAAAGAGCAAGUUGCUGAACAUUUUAGAUAAAAAUGUGAAAUAUUCUUAUAGAAUUUGUGCUGCCAAAUUGGUUAAAUUAUAUGUACAGACAAGGCCCGCUGUCCGAAAACCGGUUUAGCAUAAACGGCGGAUAACCAUGUGACCCUCGUAUGGCUUAAGUCUUGUGCACUAGAUAUGUCAUUGCAUUGGUAUUGUUUCAAUCAAGUUUAGUUGCUCAAUCAACCAUUAGUGUAGUUCUCUCUUUGAGUCUAUCCACCGAUUAAGCUGAUUAUCUACCGAUUAAGCUGAACGGGUUUCUGGCAUCGGUUCCAGGUUGCAAAGCUUGGGAAUAAAGAAUUUCCUAGUCGAGAAUAUAAAAUAUCUGUCGACACUUCUUUGUUUCCAACCAUUAGGCAUUACGAUAUAUAAUAGAAACGGAUUUGAAGGACAUUGGCAAUAAAAACCAUUAUUCGUUAUUUUGCAGGAACAUAUAUAUAGAGUAUAUUGGCAAAUUCUUUUACAAAUUUGGGUUGUCGAUUUCUGUUGGUAAAAAUAUUCUACUUUUAGCGAUAUUCGUGGCAUUUUAAACUCAAAUUGUUUCAAGGACAAAUUGAGA